CGUCUGUCAUCCUGCACGCUGCAAUAUGGCCACUAUCUACAACCCACAAUGCAGUUCACCGGUAGUCGCAAACCACGUGUCCACUUUCAUUUUCGAUGACGACGCAAAAGAUUCCGAUUUCAAUAUGGGGAGAACAAUUUUAGCAGAUGAGCAUUUACAGAGCUAUAUAUUCGAAAUUCUUAAGUCUGGUAAAUGGACUAUCGGAUUAAUAAUAGGACAGCUGACAUCACAAAAAGAUUAUGCCGUAAAAUUAAUUCGUACACCGGAGCCGGUCGAAGACGAAUGCAGUGAAGAUGAGGAAUCGGCAAGUCCAUCGAAGAAGAGAAAAAGAAACAAACCCGAAAGUCUGGCGACCGUGGACGAACAAUGGGUGGCUCAACACGCCAAGCAGGUCACGCGGAUGUUGCCAGGUGGAAUUGACGUUAUUGGAGUAUUCGUUGUUGCACCACCAAAAAUGACCCAGCCGGCGCAAUCAAAGUUAAGGCAGGUGCUAUUUGCGAUUCAGAAAGUGCAAAAAAAGACAUUUCCUUUAGAAGGUGAGCAGAGUGUCACAGACAGAAUUCUGCUUCAGGUGUGUUCGGAGACCAAAAAGUUCACUUGUCGUACUGUGGAUGUAGCCGACCCGAAAAGCGACAUGCGUCCCGCGGAAUGGAAAAGUCAGUCUUCGGGAGAGACAUGGAUUAAGCUUCAGUCUCGCGUCAGUGUCAACAUCCACAUCAAUAUUCCCCAGAAAAAUCAAGAUCAGAUGUUCUUCAAGCGAAUUCAGGGUGCCAUCUUGCCAUACUGUCAGCGUAUUCAGGACGGAAUAGUCAUGAUUGACAACAAACUGCGCGGGGGUCAAGAGCUGCUGGUUCCCUCGCAGUCUGAGGGGAAAAAAGGGAAAGGAAAGGAAAAGGGCGCAGUAAUGAAGGAACCAAUGAAUGUGAAGUUCCUGACGCAGUUAGAGUCAAGCAUUUCCACAGCCCCUGUGAUUGAGGAUUGCAGUUCUCGUAUGAUCAUCAAAGGCUGCGUCAGUUGUCGAGCAUUUGUCAACUCACGAUCAACUGUAGAUGAAGCAACACGUGCCAUAAAAGCUGACUUUAUUCGAAGUUUGAUCAGUCGCUGUGAAUUACUGAGCGAGGAUAUUGACGUCAUUGAAGAGGAGACAAGCAUCAAGGAACUCUACGACACACCUAUCAGAGUGUUCGGUUGUCUGCCUUCGUCGACCAUUGAGUUCUGUGACUACGUCUUUCAAGAUGAAAAGAUUGAAGAAGUCAUUCAGAGAAUAAAAGAAUUGCUCGAUGUCUUGGUAACAGAAAAUGACCUUGACCUUACUAGUGAAAAAGUGGCCACAGAAGAGGACUGGUCCAAUGCCCAAGGUGUGCAGGCCCAGAUAUCAACUAGUGAAUCUACCCCAUCUGGACAGGUCCGGGAAAUUCCUAUUGGUGCAAUUCUUGGAGCAGCUGUGUUAAUAUUAUCUGUGGUUUUGUACUUCGUGACAUCUUAACUUUGUUCAAAAGUUAUUACACUACAGUGUUCUUGACAAUACUUCAAUUAAAUGUUGUUUUAAUGGUUUAAAAUUAAAUGUUGUACCAAUGUU